AUGAAAUAAAAUUCCCAAUAAACUAGAACCUAUUAAAAAGUUUCAAACAUUAAAAAAAAGACUCUUAUGAAUAUGGUAUUCAUUUUGGGAUUUAAAAUAAAACAUGUAAUUUCUACUCUCUAUCCAUAUCGUUAGGCAGCCAAGCAAUUAAAUAUCAAAUAUGCGGCAGCCAAAACUAUCAUAGUAUGUCAUAGAAACAAUGUUAUAAAACAAAAACUAGAGUUUAAAUCCUCUUCAGAAUGCAAGAUUGUUUCUAUAAAUUCAAAAAAGUGCAAGAUUACUAUAAUCACAAGGGUUGGAGGAGAUGCAGUCUCUUAAAUCUCAUUUGAAUAUUCCUAGAAGUAAGAAGCAUGAGAU